AAGUAUUUCAGAAAAGAUAACUAAAAGUUUCUUGACCUAGAUAAAUUAAAAUGUAAAUUCUUUUCAGGUGUAAUCUUUGCCCACGGAGAGAACUGGAAGGUAAUGAGAAGGUUUACACUUUCAACAUUAAGGGAUUUUGGAAUGGGAAAGAGAUCUAUAGAGAACAAAAUCCAAGAGGAAGCAAAAUGUUUAAUGCAAGAAUUCAAAUCCUACAAAGGUGAACCUUUUGAAAAUAUGACCAUCAUCACCGCUGCUGUAGCCAACAUUAUCGUGUCUAUAUUAAUGGGGUGACAGAUUUGAAUAUGAUGAUCCAACCAUACUAAAACUCAUGAGUACAGUGAAUGAAAACGUCAGGAGCUUUGGAAGUAUUAUGAUCAGACUUUACAACAUGUUUCCAAGACUGAUAAGCUUACUUCCUGGCAGCCAUCAGAAAGUCUUUCAUAACUUUGAACACAUGAAGGCUUUUAUAAGGGAGGUAUUUACAAAACAGAAGAAAGUAUUGGACGUGAAUGACCAAAGGAACCUUAUUGAUGCAUUUUUGGCAAAACAGCAAGAGGGAAAGCCAGAUUCCACCUUGUACUUCCACAAUGACAACCUAAAUGUACUGGUGAACAACCUUUUUGCUGCUGGAAUGGAGACAACAUCCACUACUCUGCGAUGGGGCCUCCUACUAAUGAUCAAAUACCCAGAAAUACAAAAAAAAGUUCAAAAUGAAAUUGACAGAGUGAUUGAAUCAACUGAACCCCAAAGUGAGCACAGGAGGCAAAUGCCGUACACUGAUGCCGUCAUUCAUGAAAUCCAGAGGUUUGCUGAUAUUGUACCUCUGAAUGUCCCACAUGCAACUGCCAAAGAUGUCACAUUUAGAGGGUACAACCUGCCAAAGGGGACCACUGUCAUCCCAUUGCUGACCUCUGCCCUUAGAGAUAAAGCUUACUUUGAAAAACCAGAUGAGUUUUAUCCUGAACAUUUCCUUGAUUCAGAAGGAAAGUUUAAGAAGAAUGAGCAUUUAUACCAUUCUCACUAGGUAAGAGAAGCUGUGCUGGAGAAAACCUGGCUAAGAUGGAGCUGUUCUUAUUUUUUACAACACUGCUGCAAAACUUCACCUUCCAGUCCCCUCCUGGUGUUGUGUUGGACCUGACCCCUGCACUGGGGUUCACCAAUGCCCCCUUACCACAUAAGAUCUGUGCUACACCUCGCAGUUAG